GGCAAAGAUGGAAAGGAUGGACAACAUGGUGGGUCAUCCAUUAAUAUGCAGCAAUUUUCCUUUAUUAUUAGGCUGCCCGUGAGGGUAACACUCAAAUUAUCAAGAAAUGAGAAGCAAAUUCACAUUGUUAAGUUUUUUACUUUUUCUUUUGAAAAAGAUCCUCCCAACACUAUAAGCUGUGCUCCUAAAAUUUUCAGCCGUGCACCUAAAAUUUUGGCAGCGCAACUAAAAAUUUACAUCUGGUAGCACAAAUGCUGCCCAAACUCAAAUUUAAACUUUGAGCCCUGUUAAAAAAGUAUUUCAAACACCAAAAUUAACCCAGUGUCACAUUUUAUAGCCAUAGAACAACAAUAAUUUUUAGAAUUUCUUGUUAGAUCAGAUUAGUCACGUUACUACUGUCAUGUCAUGCUAUAUUUUCGGUGGCAGAGGGAUGGGAAUGAGAUGUGGAAAUGUCCCAGUUGAAAAUAAUGCCAAUCGUUUCUAGCUCUAUCCCAUUCUCCAGCGGGCAAAAAGUGUAAAUUUUAUAAUGUACUGGUAUAUAACUUCCCAAAAUAAUAAACCACUGCACCACUCCGUCGGCACCCCAAUGAACCCCCACUAUAUGGGGUUCUCAUUACAACUGACAUUAAUGCAGCCAUGAUUAUAGGUUAAGAAAUAAUGCCUCCACGGCCACUGGUAUAAUUAAGUGUUGUUUUUGGUUUGCAGGAAAAGAUGGACGCGAUGGAGUGAAUGGUGAUGUACAUUUUAUGUUCCUGUCAUUCUCAAAAUAAAUCUUAUCCAUGGGGCUCAUUCUGUUCAUUUACUGCAGUAACAUAUUUUUGCAACAUUCUUCUCCCCUUCCCUCUUAGCUGGUUGUCUGUGUUCUACCCCAGCUUUUAGACAAUUCAUUAGGCUGUUCUCUAAGAAAACUUAAAGGGAGCCCUGGAUGCUCUGUAUCUGCAGAGAUUCCAACCCCAUGUGAUGGAAAAUAGGGAGUAAUUAUUAGUGCCAAAGGCGCGAGCUUCUAGGGGGGUCAGGGGGCAUGCCCAUGGGAAAUUUUGCAAAUUUAGGUUCUCUCAAGUGCCAUUUCCUGAAUUUUGACAUCAUUCCGGCCUGAGUUAUAACAUACCAUAAUGCUCUUCGUGAAGAAAGUAAGUAUAAUAUGAGUGUUUCACAGUGACAGAUCGCCAAAAAUUCUAAAGAUUAGCAAUUUUCCCCUAGUUUUCAGAAUUUUAUAAUAAAUCGGGAGAAUUUGGUAAAAAUCGGGAGAGCGGGAGGCAAGACAUCAAAUCGGGAGACUCCCGAUCAAAUCGGGAGGGUUGGAAUCUCUGGUAUCUGUGAAAUCCAGGGUAACAAGUGUAGGACUUUUUUGAUAAAGCUAAGAUGUCCUUUAGGGGCCACUGGUUGCUGCUAGAGAAUCAGCCCCGUAAUGUGAAUAUUACAUUCUGUUAAUUGUUUUGAACACAGGAAAAGAUGGCCGUGAUGGACGAGAUGGCAGUGGAAUAAAGGCUGGCCUUUCUUAAUGUUAAUGCAUUGUUUUCUCUUUUUGAUUGAAAAGUUCAGGAAUAAAACAAACCAGAGAACUGUAUAUCUCAGACACGUUCUCUGUAGUGAGAAGAUAACAUGUUUCCAAAAAGAAGUUUUACUGUAUUUAAACUAACAUUUUGAAGCUUGAGGUAACGUAAAAAUUUAGGCUUUCCCUUUUCAGAGAAAGAAGAGGAAGACAUAAAAUGAGAUUUAUUUCUGAAAGAAAUAAAUGGUUUUAUGCUUAAUGUGACUGAUCAUUAUUGUAUUUCUCCAGCUACCAGCAAAGGAGGGUUUCCUGUCAUCCAGGUGAUUUGUCACGAAAGUGUCAUUUAUGUCACGGGUCAUGUAAGUCACAGAAGCGAGGCACAAGACCUCCUUCCUCGCAUUACAAGACAGUCAGAAACAUUUUUGAUGGCGACCGGAUUUAGAUGCAGGAUGCUUGCGAUUUAUCAGUCUCUUUCGCUCUUCUUGGGUCUUACCUACCGAGCAUCACCUCUUCUUUGAGAUAAGUACUAGAUUAUUGCCCGAUGGCUCACCGCUUACUCUCGGUGCUGUAUUGAUGUCCCCAGUCAUGUUCGUGCACAUGAUCGUCUUGUUGAUUGCGGGAAUUCAUACACGUUGCGGUCGUUUAUGCUAAUGAAAUGCCAUUGUUUAUUGGUAACAUCGAAUUCUACAUCCAAUCGACCAUUAAUUUGUUAUGUUUUCAGUUACACUGGCUUGUAUGCUAGUCCGUUCGGUGUCCGUAGCACAGUUUCGUUGUCCCUCACACUGGUUGUGCCCCGUGUUCUUCAGCUACUUGUAUCGUUGGCGCCAACUGGCGCUAUAUUUGAAAUCAGUAACACUCGCCCGAUCUUCAGUUGAAAUUUUUAUUUAUACCAGCCUGGAGCUGGGUCUCUUUGUUUAUGAUCUUGUUUUAUGAUUUGGAAAGACACUUUAUUUAUUCAUAAUUAUUUUCAGUUUACCUUUAUGCACAUUUGAGCAUUUUUGACCUUUGGACUCAGCUUAUGUGUAUAAUUAGAAUUACAGUAUUAUAAAAAUAAAAAACAACAACAAAACAAAGCCAAACAAAACGAUGCGUUAUUAAACCCUACAGGCUAAAACUUGCAACCAUUCUAACAAAGUUAUCUCAGAGGUACAGUGUACUGUAUCAGCAUAUCAGGUUUAUCGUUUGCUGUUCAUAUGUCAGUUUUGUCUGCAUAUUGUGUUUUUAUCCUGUUGCAUUGUGUAUCGUUGUGUUCUGUUGUUUUCCUUUAGUCGCUGUCGGCGACAUUCUGUCUGCCAGUGCUUACUUCUGAGCCGUUUUUUCAGUGUGAGGCUUUGUUCCUCCACUUGUAUUUGAGGCGUUGAUCUCAUUUUGUUGAGGUUUUGUCCUCAUGUUGUAUCAAGGCUUUGUCCUUGUUUUUUAUAUUGAGGCUUCGUCCUCAUAUGCCCUCGUAUUAUAUUGAGGCUUUGUCCUCAUAUUUUAUUUUGAGGCUUCGUCCUCGUAUUAUAUUGAGGCUUUGUCCUCAUAUUUUAUUUUGAGGCUUUGGCCUCAUAUUUUAUUUGGGGCUUCGUCCUCAUAUUUUAUAUUGAGGCUUCAUCCUCAUAUUUUAUUUUGAGGCUUCGGCCUCGUAUUUUAUUUCGAGGCUUCGUCGUCAUAUUUUAUAUUGAGGCCUUGUCCUCAUAUUUUAUUUUGAGGCUUUGUCCUCAUAUUUUAUAUUGAGGCUUCGUCCUCAUUAUUUUAUAUUGAGGCGAUGUUCCUCAGUUUGAGGCUUUGGUCCUCAUUGUUCUAGGCCCCUGUUCCUUUGUUUGUACUGCUUAUUUGAUUUGUUUCCAGUGAUAUGUGUGUGGUUCUGUUUGUUGUAUUUUUGUCUAGGGUAACCAGAUGCCAAUAUUAUUUGGUUUGAAUUUCUAUUCACAUUUUUUGCCUUUUUUGUCUAUUUUUUAGUCUUUAUUCGUGCAAUCCGUUAUUUUGGUUUACAUGCAGCUACAUUAAGUUUAAUCUCCGGUUUUGUUGGCUCCCCUGUUUUGAUAUGUGUGAACAUUACAGUCCUGCGUUUAUUGUGAUGGGACACUGUAAUACGUUGCUUUAUGCUUUACUCUCCAUGUCACAUCAGUGCUUUUAGCUUUGUUGUUUUUGAGGAAUUUACUGUUUAUUCGUUUUGUUUGGGAGAUCCUGAUUGAUUUAUUAAUUGGUUACACAUUGUUCUUUAAUCGUAGCACAUUCUGGCUUUUUUAAAGAAGUUGUUUUUAUAGUUUUUUCAUUUUACUGCAGGUGCUAAGGUAUACACAUGCAGCUCCCUUUCAUGGACACCUUUUCAAUGAAGCCAGUCUUGAGCAGAGUACCAACCAGCUUUAUCCAACCAUCUUCAGCUUUCCCUUGGCAUCUCUCUUAAGAAAGUCAAUAGCUCUGCAUUCUCUUUGGUUCCUCAAUUCAGUUCAACAUAGUAUGCCAGAAAUGUUCCAAAGAGUUGUACACAUUCUGCUGAUCAUUUUUCCAGGAGUUACAUCUCUAGUGCCGGGCUACUCAAGAGCAGCUGCUGCGUCCCUUGGCAUGUGGCACCUACGUGUACAUCUACUUGGGCAGAACUUUUCUCAGGCUACUUUGGCUUGCCGGGCAUUGUGAUUGGGUAUACAUGUAGCUCAAGUUUAUAGGACAUGUAUGUCAUUUGAUACUUAUGUGCAGGACAUAUGGGCAGUGACAUUGUAAUAUGUAGAAUUCUCACCACAUGAGUCAGGGUCAUUCGGCCAUCUUACAGUAUACUAAUUUUUUCACUUUAUUCACCUGUUAGUUUCCUAGGUGAUUUCUGCUUAUUGUAUAGUUUCAAGGUGACUGUGUGAGCAGGGGCCAUACAGCCAUCUCACAGAUUUUCAUUUGAAUCAGUUACAUCAGUGAGUUACGUCAGACUUUUUAUUAGUAUCAUUCAGGGUGACUGUGUGAGCAGGGGCCAUACAGCCAUCGCACAGAUUUAUUGUAAUCAGCCACAUCAGUUAGCUAUUUCAGACUUUUGAUAAGUAUAAUUUUGCAUGACUGUGUGAGCAGGGGCCAUACAGCCAUAUCACAGAUUUCCAAAUUUAAUCCGUCCAUUAUGUCACUGAGCUAUGACAAUUUAGAGUAAAUUGUUAUUAUUUAAAUUCAUGUUUACAGUGUGGGGAGGGGCCGUACAGCCAUCUUACCGAUUUCAUUUUAAUCAAUUACAUUAACGAGCUAUUUCAGCUUUUUGAUAAGUACAAUUCAGCGUGACCGUGGGAGCAGGGGCUAUACAGCCAGAUCACAGUUUCUCAAAUUAAAUCAUUUCAUUAUGUCACUGAGCUAUGACCAUUCAGCCUAAAUUGUUAUCAUUUAAAUUCAUGGUGACUGUGUGAGCAGGGGCCAUACAGCCAUCUUACCGAUUAAUUUUCACUUCUAAUUAUUUCAACCUGGUUUAACUUUACAGCUUUUAAACACGUUUGAGCUUCGUAUCGAUGUGGCAUUAGUGAGGCCAAUAUUAUAAGUUGACUGUGUGAGCUAACAGGCUAUACAGCCAUUUCCUUUAUUCUAGCUACAGUAGCCCAUUUCUGUUGGUGACAUCAAUCCACUUCUGUAUCCAAGACUUAGGAAAACAUUACUUAAAACUCAUUUGCUUAUGUAGGCCAUUUUAUUCCCUUCUAGUGUCCAGUGCUUAGUGGAUAAGUGCAAUUUAUGAUGGCUGUGUGAACAAGGGCCAUACAGUUAUCUCAUUCAUUUUCACUUUUAAACUGUUAGUUAACUUAAGUGAUUCACACUUUUUGAUCUGUAUCAGAUUCAAUAACAGUGUGAGCAAGGGCCAUACACCCCUCACAUUCAUUCAAACUUGUAUAUUUCUGUUGGUUACACUGAUCCAUUUCAGUAAGCAGGGCUUUGUAAACAGCCUUACCAUUCUAUUACUAUAUGUUUAUGUGCAUAACCUCCACUGAACUAAACUGGUGGAACUAAGCUGUAAGUGACAGUGACAAAGAAUGAAUACAAUGUCGUAUUGCUAUGAACACACAUGAGCCGUUAUGGCGCUAGUUGACUCUAUUGUUGUAAGGUGUACACGGCUGGAUGAUUAUAAUACAUGUAUAUUCAUCUCAGCUCUCGCACAUUGACAUUUUUUAUUUUUAAUGUGGUAUCUUUCUUACCUUUAACCCCCAGAGGUUUUGUGUGACUGCAUUGGUUGGGGGAUACGUUCCCAAUUUUUCCCAUGUGGUUUUUCGGGUUUUCGUAUCAGGCGGCGCACACCUUUUUCCAUUGUACAUUUUGAUUUGUAGGUACCAGUAGUUUCUGUUGGCGGUCGUCUUGCUUUGGCCUCGGGUGGGGCGGCCCUUUCACUCGUUCCUUGCUCUGGGCUGUGGCGGGUGUGCCCUCACCUUUGCUGGGAUAAUGUUCUUGUGUAUCUAGUUUUCCCAGCUUUAUAUGCUUUGAUUUAAUAAACGGCCACUCCCAUGGCCAAAAUAUCCCAUAAUGGGAUUGUGAUUAUUUUGUGUCCCAGCAAACAGAGCUCACCCAAAGCGAGACUCUGCCAACGUCAAUAACUUUCGUAAUAUGUAAAGGAACAUGAAGCAUAAAUGAGAUUUAUUUCUGAAAGAAAUAAAUGGUUUUAUGCUUAAUGUGACUGAUCAUUAUUGUAUUUCUCCAGCUACCAGCAAAAGAGGGUUUCCUGUCAUCCAGGUGAUUUGUCACGAAAGUGUCAUUUAUGUCACGGGUCAUGUAAGUCACAGAAGCGAGGCACAAGGCCUCCUUCCUUGCAUUACAAGACAUUCAGAAACAUUUUUCCCUCCCUUCCCUCCCGUUAGCUUUAUUUUACCCUAGGGAGUGGCGGGUGUGCCCUCACCUUUGCUGGGAUAAUGUUCUUGUGUAUCUAGUUUUCCCAGCUUUAUAUGCUUUGAUUUAAUAAACGGCCACUCCCAUGGCCAAAAUAUCCCAUAAUGGGAUUGUGAUUAUUUUGUGUCCCAGCAAACAGAGCUCACCCAAAGUGAGACUCUGCCAACGUCAAUAACUUUCGUAAUAUGUAAAGGAACAUGAAGCAUAAAUAAUUUUAAAAAAAAUUAAUAACCUUAAGGGGCACUGUCACUAGGUAUAUUUGCAACAAUGGAAACAGGACAGAAAAAAUAAUUUUAGUCAUAUGUUUUGAUUGUUGCAAGCCUUAACAAAAAAGGAACAAGUUAUUGCUAGUCAUUCAUAUACUGCCUUACAAAAAUUGCUUGCUUGCCUGAAGUUACUUGCCUGGCACUUAAAGGGUGGGGAACUUGUCUCAAAACCUCCAGCUGAAAAUUUUUUGAGCCCUGGUUUUUUUACCAGUCUUUGAAGUUAAUAUCUUUUUGCAUGAGCCUGAUAAAUCCCCUGUCCCCAGUGCCAAGGGGCCUGGAUCCAAAAUAUAAUGAUUAUAUUUUAUCCAGGCCCCUUGGCAGUGGGGACAGGGGAUUUAUUGAUUUAAGACACUAUUAGGUGCAAGUUAAGAUAGAGUAAGCGACGCGGUCAACCCCCCACGAUUUCAAAUAUUGAGAAUUGAUAGCAAAGGGAUCAUAGAUGACGUCAUAACGCAGGGCGCAUGACGUCAUUUGUGCAAAAAAUACCUGUUGACUCCGAUCGCCACAAAUUUGCGAUGACGCAAAACGUGUGAAAAAGAUGUUGUUGGCAUUGUAAUGUUUAACUUGAUUGGGUUACUUCUCACCAAUCUCGUUAAUUUUUAUGUUACAAUGGCAUACUGGGGUUAACGAGGAAACGUUCGAAGUUAACAGGACAAAAAUAGCUCAAACAACGCAAAAUAUUUGAAAUUUUAUUGUCGCAAAGUCGACUCUACAAGAAAUAGCAAAAUUCGGCGAUUAUCCGGGAGAUUUCAUACUCUAAUCUGGAGACUGGGAGAUACGGUCCAAAAUCUGGAGUCUCCUAGAUUAUCCGGGAGAGUUGACAGCACUGAGUAACCUUUCUUACCCUAUUCUAUGGUUAUACAAAUAUGCACGUAGUCACUAAAGCAGGUGUAUCUAGAUAAACUCAGAACUACAUGUAAUGUUAAUUUAAAUAUGGGCAUGGAGCAGUUUUGGUCACUUUUAAACUAAUUGCAUUAAUUAUGUGUUGACUUUUAAUUUUUAGUAAUUUUGUUACUGUUAAUAAAUAAACGUUAUUUAGUGGUAGCAAGUCCAUGAAGCGGUUCUUCACCUACCACAUUCAAAAAGCAAUGUGCCACCCCAUAACUGCAGCACCCAUGCACCAUCAUUUUUCUCCAAUAAGGCUGAAGUUCCUUAAAAGAUAAAUAAAAGAUGAAUAAAAUUAAUAGUAGUAGUCAUCUUCUAAGUUAUAGUGUUAAUUUGUCAGUUUGCGUUUCACCUUGUAAAUAUCUAUGUUAGGGAGAAAAAGGAGAAACAGGGAAACCAGGAAGAAAUGGAAGUGCAGGUGUUAAGGUAUUAUAUAUACGUUCUGCUUUUCAAAUGGCGGUUUUUAGUUUCUGGAUCCAUACACUUGUAUCAGUGAUUACAUUGGGUGUAGAAAUGUCUUUUGUGUGUUUAAUUUUCGGUUGGACUAAGCAAAAUGAUCAAAAUUAUACAGACCAGACCAGUUAGCUUUAUUUUGAUUACACCACAGUAUAGAUUGUCUCUAUUUGUUAUUUACCAUCUUCAUCAUCAUCAUUGUCAUUCCUUUGUCACAGUUUGCUUUAAUUACUUAUUGUUAUUGUUAUUAUUAUUAUGUUUUUCUUCUUUCACAGUUCGUACUGUCCAGGGCUCCGAGAAGCGCCCAGUUUCCUUGGGAGCGGCUGGGGGGGGGAGUUUUCAUUUAAUUUGUAGACAGCACUUUUUGUAAAAUAUGGGCUGUGCUUAGAAGACUGAUCUUUGAGAGUUCUUCGAUAUUGAUAUUUUUAUUGAUAUUCAUUUUUUCCACGUAUUUUCCCAGGCCCGUCUUUAGUAGGCCAAGAGCUCCAAUAUUUACAGGCACAAUUUCUGUUUUAAGGCCCCAUAUUCUAGAGAUUUCAAUCUCUAAUUCCGUAUUCUUUGAAAGCUUUUCAAUCAUUUUGACAGAUGAUGAUGAUGUUGAUGAUGAUGAUGAUGACGAAGAUGUUUGUUAUUACGUCUUGUUUAGCAGUUAUUACUGCUCAGAUCUCCGAGGAGCUACCAGUUUCCUUGGGAGUGGCUGAGAGGAGGGGGGAGUCGCUAUUAUCUCGUUGGUAGAGAGCACUUUUCUUAAAAUGUGGCUGAUCUUGUGGAUGUCCUCAAUAUUGAUGUUUCCAGGGAUUCUGUUGACGUAUUUUCCCAGGCCCUUUGUAAGCAGGCCAAGUGCUUUUUAUUAUUUCUGUUGCAGGGGGUGAAAGGAGAACCAGGAAUGGAUAAAAACAGUAAUGGUGGUGUUAAAGUAAGUGUAAGUUUCAUGACCUUUUUUCUCUGUAAGAAAGAACACUUUAACAACCUUGAUCAGUUCUCCAACAUGGAUUUACCUUCAAUCAAAUAUUUGUUUUUUUUUCUGCCAACUAAUUUUCAGUGUCCAAAACAAAAACGAAGGCACAUGCUUUAUCCAACACACAUGCUUUAUCCAACACAGCGACACACACCAUUUUCAUUCAAUCUUCAUCUCCCUCACGCUUCUAAAUGUUACAUUCGACCUGUUAGUUGGUAUGUCCGAGUUGGCGCUCGACCAAACUAACUAACAGGUCGAAUUUUAUUUCUCCACGGAUACCUUUCUGGUACAAAACAAGUACCGCAUGUAACUAUAAGUUUUCUCCUUGUAUCCCUAUAGUAAAGGAUAAAGUGGUGAUCAGGUUUUAAAAUUCCCGAGCUCUUUGGCUAUCUACUAGAAUAUUAAUAUAUGUUCAUUAUAAUUAUAAAUACUUUGUUUGAUAAGGGUGAGAAGGGAUCUCGUGGUGACAAAGGAUCCCAAGGAGAGAAGGGAUCACAAGGACAAAAAGGAAUUUCGGGAACGUGUGAUACAAAG